GACUUAGGACCAGCAUCCACUCUGACUGGUCAUAUUGGUUAUUAAAUAUGUGACUUUCAACCAUCGGUGGGGGACAGCUUUGUCAUCACAAACCCCCCUGCUCUACUGGUUUCCCUGGGUUCCCAAGCAAUUGUGCCAUCAGACCCACCUCAGGGAGGCCCUAGAGAUGCAAAGGAGAUGACAGACACAGGCCAGUCUAGUGCAGAAGGAUCCCCCCCAAAUGGCUGCUCAUCUGCCCGGGGACUCCAAACACACAUGACUCACACCAUUUGGGCUCAGACAAGUGCCUCCUCAUGAAGCCCUGGGAUCCUGGCAUUACUAGGGACACACUGAGCCCCUGAUGUCCCUAACUCUUUGCCAGCACCUCUGGUCCCGCAGAAGCAGCCAACAUGCCUAACUCUAAGUGCCUGCAAAAGUCGGAGCCCCUGUGGAAGGAGUGGGACCAGAAGGCCCAAAAGAAUGGACUGAGGCACCAGGUGAAUGCUGUCAAUGGUGACUGCUAUGUGGGCCAAUGGAAGGACAACAUGAAACAUGGAAAAGGAACACAGAUCUGGAAGAAAAAAGGAGCCAUCUAUGAGGGAGACUGGAAGUUUGGGAAGCGAGAUGGCUAUGGCACCCUCAGCAAUCCUGACCAAGAGAAGGGAAAGUAUAGGAAAGUAUACUCUGGCUGGUGGAAAGAUGAUAAAAAAUCGGGCUAUGGGAUUCAGUUUUUCGGACCCAAGGAGUAUUACGAGGGUGAGUGGUGUGGCGACCAGCGCAGCGGGUGGGGCCGCAUGUACUACAGUAACGGCGACAUCUACGAGGGCCAGUGGUUGAAGGACAAGCCGAAUGGGGAGGGCAUGUUGCGCCUGAAGAACAGGAACCGCUACGAGGGCUACUGGCAGAGGGGCAUGAAGAAUGGGUCGGGCCGUUUCUUCCACCUGGACCACGGUCAGCUGUUUGAAGGCUUCUGGGUGGACGACGUGGCCAAGUGUGGCACAAUGAUUGACUUUGGCCGCGAUGAGGCCCCUGAGCCCACCCAGUUCCCCAUUCCUAAGAUCGAAAUUCUAGACCCUAAUGGUGUGCUGGAGGAAGCCUUGGCCAUGUUCAAGAAGACAGAGGAAGAUGAAGAUUGAUGCCAGAGAACACACCAGAGCUUCUGGAGAAAUUCAAGCCCGUCGCCCAACUGCUCAAACCGGUGCGGCUUCUGCAGAAGUGAGUGGUGACUCGGGCACACCCUUGGCACCCUCAGAGGACACCUCACUCCUCCCAGCACUGGAUCAUCCUCUCCCCAGCUGGCUUUGGGGAUCCUCUUGUUACAACUUUCAUUCUGGACCCCCAUUCCUGAGCACGGGAGUAUACAAGAACCUGGUGGCUUCA